AUGGUUCUCGCAAAGUCGAAAAAUGCCGUGGGGUUGGGAAAUAGUUUGAUGAACGAUCGCUUUGGGAGAGGCAAAGGCUCGGAUCGUAAGAAGGUCACUUCGGCAGGAAUUCACAGAAUCAAUCAUGCUACUGGAGAAACCUAUGUUACCAACGAUCGGAGGGAGGCCAGCUGGGUGAAGAUGCGAUCAGUUACCGAGCAGGCGGCUCUCGACGAAUUCUUGUCCACGGCGGAGUUGGCAGGCACCGAUUUUACAGCGGAGAAGAUGAAUAAUGUUAAGAUCAUCCACACAGAUCAAAAGAACCCGUAUCUACUGUCGGCUGCGGAGGAACGAGCAGCAGUCGGAAAGCAGAAGGCACACAGGGACCGGCUAACAGUACCAAGAAGGCCGCAUUGGGAUGAGAAGACCACAGCUGAACAACUCGACCGCAUGGAGCGAGACAGUUUAUUGGAAUGGAGAAGAGGUCUAGCCGAGUUGCAAGAGAACAACGAUUUGCUCAUGACGCCCUUCGAGCGCAAUCUAGAGGUUUGGAGACAGUUGUGGAGAGUUAUUGAGAGAUCCGACCUGAUAGUUCAAAUUGUCGACGCCCGGAACCCGUUGCUGUUUCGCUCAGAGGACUUGGAGAAGUAUGUGAAGGACGUCGAUUCUAGGAAAGAGAAUCUCUUGUUAGUGAACAAGUCGGAUAUGUUGACCUUGGAACAACGCCAAGCUUGGGCAAGUUAUUUCGAAGAAGCAGGUAUUGCGUACAAAUUCUUCUCUGCGUCUCUCGCAAAAGAAUUAAACGAAGCUCGCCACGACGAGUCGGAGGAGGAUGAAGAGGACGAGGUGUCCGGAGAGUCUUCAGGUUCAAAACUUGCAGAACGGAUGGAAAAGGUUGAUGUGCAGCACGAGGACUCUACUGAAGACGAACAUGAUGACGAAGACGUAGAAGAUGAACGAACUCGGAUAUUGACUGUCGACGAACUUGAGGCUCUCUUCUUACUCCACGCCCCGGACAAUGAAGAUUCCAGUUCGGAACAUCCCAGGAAAACGCAAAUCGGCUUAGUCGGAUAUCCCAACGUCGGGAAAUCAUCCACUAUCAAUGCAUUAAUCGGCGCGAAAAAGGUCUCAGUAUCAUCAACUCCUGGUAAAACAAAGCACUUCCAGACCAUCCACCUUAGCGAUAAGGUCCUGUUAUGUGAUUGCCCGGGACUUGUAUUCCCAAAUUUCGCAACUACCAAAGCCGAUCUUGUCUGCAACGGUAUUCUCCCAAUUGAUCAACUUAGAGAAUUUACCGGGCCAGCAGGGCUUGUCGCAAGCCGGAUACCCCAGGAAUUCAUAGAGGCUUUGUACGGGAUAAAGAUCCACACCAGACCUCUAGAAGAGGGUGGUCUUGGUAUUCCAACCGCCGAGGAAAUAUUGGCUGCUUAUGCGAAAGCUAGGGGCUUCACGAGAACCGGCCAAGGGCAACCUGACGAGUCUCGGGCAGCAAGAUAUGUCCUGAAAGACUACGUUAGUGGCAAGCUUCUCUUCUGUCAACCACCGCCAGGUGACAUUGAUCCCACGGAAUUCAACAGCGAACUCUACGACGAGAGCCACCUUCCUGAAAAGAGACGGCUUGCGCUAGCUGCUCACGACUCCUUUUCUGAUAGUACCUCACACGCCGGAUCGGACAUGACCUCCGUGUAUGACGGCCCGAAAUCUAGAAAGUUAGAUGGGGCAUUCUUUGGUCCAGGUAAGGGUGACGCGGGACAUCUCAAAAUGCCUUUCAGUCACAAGUACACCGAGCAAGGUACUGCAAGUGGAAAACAAUUGUCAGGCCGAAAGCAGAAGACCAUGUUGGCGUUGGAGAAAGACAUGGAUCCGAAGGACCUGAAGAUGUUAACGAGUAAGAAGCAUUUCAAGAGCGGAACGAAAGGCAACGGGAAACGAAGAGCAGAUUAUUUUGCCGAUUAG